CCCAGACAGGAUUUAUACCUGACUCAUUCCCACUGUCCCUCAUAUCCACCUGAUGAUAGUUGAGCUCUAUGGAUAAACACUGCGAUUUCCAAUAUUAACGACCGCCAUGGCCGACAAGAACUCCGCUAUAGCCGGGGAGGAGCCCCCUUCUGUCGCAGGCCUUUCAAUUGCUGGUACUUCAGAGGCACCGGCCGCCGGCGCUGUCGAGCAGCAAAUCGACCCGUGGUCCGUCAGUGCAGGGCAAGAUGCCGAAGGCAAUGUUCUCGCGUUCGACUACCCGGCCAUUUCCAACAGAAAAUGGAAUACGAAGCUCAUUGACCAGGCGAUCCUCGAGCGAUUCGAACGAGUGACGGGACAUCGACCCCACCGUUGGCUCCGUCGGGGGCUGUUCUUCAGUCAUCGAGACCUGGAUAAAAUCCUCGACACGUAUGAGAAGGGGAAGGACUUCUUCCUCUACACCGGACGGGGCCCGAGUAGCGACAACAUCCACAUCGGCCACACCAUCCCGUUCGAGUUCACCAAAUGGCUGCAGGAUGUCUUCGACGUCCCGCUAGUCAUCAUGUUGACGGAUGAUGAGAAGGCACUGUUCCGGGAAGACCUGACGAUCGAGCAGACCAUGAAAUUUUCUAUAGAGAACGCAAAGGAUAUUCUGGCGCUGGGGUUUGAUGUCAAAAAGACGUUUAUCUACAGCGACUUGAAGUUCUACGGCAAUGGGGGGUCGCAUAUGCUUUGGAAUGCAUUUGAGUUCUCCAAACUCAUUCCCUUCAAUCAGGUUCGAGGAGCAUUCGGGUUCGACGGCAGCACCAACACUGGCCGAAUUUUCUUCCCCAAUUUCCAAUGCGUGGCCGCCUUCGCAACCUCCUACCCUUUCAUCUGGGGUGACGACGUCAACUCCCCCAUCCGGUCCAAGAAAACCGCCGCGAUCCCAUGUCUGAUCCCGUGCGCCAUUGACCAAGACCCCUACUUCCGCCUCGUCCGCGACAACUCGUUGCGCAUGAAGAACCCCUCCCCGAAGCCGGCGCUCAUCCACUCCAAGUUCCUCACCGCCCUCCAGGGUCCCGGCGGCAAGAUGUCCGCCUCCAACCCCAACAGCGCCAUCUUCAUGAGCGACAAGCCCAAGGAGAUCCAGAAGAAGAUCAACAAGUAUGCGUUUUCGGGCGGGCAGGAGACCGUAGAGCUGCAUCGCGAGCUGGGGGGGAAUCCGGAUGUCGAUGUUGCGUAUCAGUACCUGACGUAUUUCGAGGACGACGAUGAGAAGCUGGAUAAAAUCUAUGCGGCGUACAAAUCGGGCGAGAUGCUAACGGGUGAGCUGAAGAAGGAGUGCAUCAAUCUUAUGCAGGCGUAUGUGAAGGGGUUCCAGGAACGGCGCACCCAGGUGACGGAUGAGGUGUUGGAGCAAUACAUGAAGCCGCGGAAACUUGAGUGGCUUGGGAAGAAAGGGAAGAGUGCUCCGCCUGCCGAGACCUAGGCGCUUGAGACGUUUAUGAGACGAACCUCAGCAACCAACUGUCGUGCCCUACUGUAUUUUCGCAGGGGCUUGCUCCCGAGACGAAGUGCGAGUGUAAGACAUAAAUCUCGGAAAGCCUGUGGAUACCGCAGUGGUCGUCUACAGAGAGGGAACACUAGCCUCACGCCCCAAAAAGAUAGAUGAUUAUGGAUUAUGAACGUUCAAGCCCUGCAUAAUUUGUAUUUACAAGAUUCUAGCCUAUGCUUUGUAAAUUCUAUAGGCUAGCAGUGGCUAGUUUACCCCGAACCUGCAAAGGAUCACUCUCGCUUCCAACCUUCACGU